AUGCACGACGUCCAACCCUCUCCCGUCUCCGCCAUGUCCAUCGCCUCCCUCGUCCCAGACGUCUCUUGCGAUCCCUUGGUCGUGGCGGAUCUGCUGCCCGAGGGAUUGCGAGGCAACAUGCUGUACCCGUACUGCGCAUUCUUCGCCGGCGUCGUCUCGCCCCGGCCCGGUUGCCCUCCCUGGACAGCAGAACUCGAGGCUCGCUACCAAUCCAUCCAUCCUCUAGUCUGGCAUUACCUCUGGACGGACGACUUCAUCGACCGAAGCGCCGUCACUGGGCUCCGAGCGAGAAUCGCAGCAGCUGAAUCACAGCAGGGCGAGAGUCGGCCGACGGGGGAGGCGAGUUUGGAGGACUUGCGGACGGCCCUGGGCAUAGUCAGGCAGAGGCGUUCGGAUCGGUUGGGUUCGCUUCUCGCCCUUGACGUCGUUCGUACUCGCUACAUCGAUUGCAAGCUUCGGGAGGAGCCGAACAAGAACCAAGCGCAGGUCUUAGCCGAUCUGCCUCGCAGCGGAUCAGCACCGCCGGCAGUUGCGGCGCCGCAUUCGCUCUGGCCGAUCUACGCUCCUCCACCGUACCCGGGCUUGAUUUGCCUGUGGGACGAUGUCAACUGGACAAGAUAUCGCUUUCCCGACUGUCCCGCCGAAACCGCCGACAUCGCACCCAAAGAACCUCGCGCUGCCCCGUCCUGCUCUCCCGCCGGCGUCGUUACGCUCCCGACAUCGUCCUUCAUCACAUCGUCUGUCGAAGUGUCCGCAACGGGACUAAGACGCCGCCGCUGA